AUGUCUCGAAAAUUGGAAAUGUUUGUUUACCUUGCAGUGAUACUACUACAAACGGUAAUACUGAAAACUAAAAAAGAAAAUUAUCCAAAUACUUUUGGUGUUGAAUUUGUAACAUUAUUCCCAUGGAGUAAGAAAGCAUCGAAUGCUACCUAUCUCACCUUUGAAAUUAUUAAUGCAUCAGAAAAUGACACAGCAAUUGUUAGCAUUGAAUACGAUAUUGGCUUGGGAAAUUUGGAAGAUAUGAUAGAAUUACCAAAAGAUGUGUUAAAUGUUAAACCAAAUUCUUAUAUUACACAUAAAUUUGAUGUGACAACAAUAAUGACACGACCAUCUAAGGGAAGCAAAAGUAUUAUUCCGGUUGGUGCAUCACGAAUUUUCAUUUCUUCCAGCUUACCUGUUUCCAUCGUUGAAUGCAUUUUUAUCACAGACAAAAUUGGUGACUGUUUUACAGUUAUACCGAUAACAAUGGCUGGAAAUCAUUAUUCAUUUUCAACUGCAUCACCGAUAUUCAGCGUAUACAUAUCUACUUCAUCACCAAUUCUGGUUUUAUUAACGAUGCGAACACGUUUGACGGAAAUUUCUAAUGAAAAUUUUGCAUGUACAAUGCUUAUGCCAUUACCGCAUAAAGCUUAUUCCGAAAUAGCACUUCGCGAUGAUUUUGAUGUUCAUUUUGCCCCCUUGCAAUCCUCAAACGAUUAUCAAACUCAAUUAUUACUGUCAGCACCAAUGCAAAGUUAUCAACCCUUUACUGUUGCUACAUUUCGGCCUUAUAUUACAAGGCUAAUUAAUGUGAAGCCUAACAAUAUCUCAAAUGAUAAUGCUAUAAAAUGGGAUUAUCAUUUCAAUGAUGCAAUCCUUUAUGAUGUUCCACACCAAUCGAAGAAUACUUUGCUAUUGGAUGGAGAAGCAAUCGAUGCGGAAUAUAUGCAAAAUUUUGAAAAUCCGUUCCGUUACAUCACACUGCGUAAAAUUAAUUCGAAAAAAUUAAAGCGCGGAUUGCAUUGUUUGGAAUCAAAAGGCCGCUAUUUACUUUUUAUAUAUGGUGGAAGCGAGAAAAAUUACGGUUAUGCAUAUGCCUUUAACGCUUAUCCAGAAGAAAUGCUAAAAAGUAUGGUGAGAAAUAAUCCAAGCUUAUAUCGUCAGGAUAUUUUCGGCGUCUCAUUCAUAACUUUAUUUCCAUGGAUGACAAAGGACAAUGCUAAUGAUGAUGACUUUACUACUGCCUUAACUCUCGACAUUCUUAAUCCAGAUCCAUAUAUGAUCGCGAUAGUUAAAAUUUGCUAUCGCAAUGAAUUAAGUGAAAAUUUAACUGAAGUCAUAUACGACAUUAAACCCUAUACGCAUCAGAAGUUGAAAAUGAAUAAAACAAUGAUGACAAAGCUUCGUGAUGCGCAUGGCGAUGGCAUUCAUGAGAGUGUUUAUGAUUCUCGAAUCACUAUAACAUCCUCCAUCCCAAUAUCUGUCACCCAAAAUUGCUUCUUCCAUGAUAGAAUUGGGGACAGUUUCGCAGUGUUACCACUAAAAAUGUCUGACCAAAAGUAUUCAUUUUCGAUACCAAAAUCAGUGGCUAAUAACAGUCAUGCAAUUAUAUAUUUUUUACCGUCAAAUCAAACAACAAAAAUAUCAAUUAUAGCAAAAGCAAAAGAGAAUUCUUCUAUUUUUGCAUAUUAUGGAUCUGGUGAUGAAUUAUCGAUGAAUUUAUGGGGUGAUAAUUCAUUUCAAGUGAUUAUUGCUUUACAACGAUUGCAAAUAAUCCCUGCCACUCUUGACAAUAAACGUCGCAUAGAUUUUGGUUGUACAAUGGCAGUACCUGCACCGCAAAAUGCACAGUACUAUAACUAUUCGGGAUUUUUCACGAUGACACCAUCGGAUAGAAAAUGUCCAUCGUACUACGCCGAUCUUUUCCCACGAAAAGGAUCGAUAAUUAAAAAACAAAAACGGUUAACAUUUGAACCGGCAAUUAUGCAGCAUUAUUUUCAAUUAUCUGCCGCAAUUUUCUCCGAUUUUUCAACAAUUCAUUGCAGGAAUGAUUAUAUUCAAAUUUAUGCUUUUGGAGCUUCUAAUUUGGAAGGUAAUUACAUCGAUUUCAUUCCAUCCACUCAGCAGUAUGUCACAGGAAGAACCCAUUUCGCUGCAUAUCAUUAUCAAAAUUGGGUUUUGAUAUUCAUGGAUAAGUAUGCUAUAAAUGAUAUUGAAAUGGAUGGAAAAUUCAUUGCAGACAAUUAUAUAUAUGAAAUGUCAAGUCCGAACAAUUCCGGAUACUUUGCACUGCAAGCUGUUCAUUCAACCGUACGGUUACAUUACGUACAAUCGACGGGAUAUUAUGCUGUUCACAUUUUGAGUGAUACAUUGAAAAAUGCAAUUCCGAGCAUGACUAAAAAAAGCAAGCAAAAAUUAUAUGCAAAUACAACAGUUCGAGAAAUAUCUACGAAAAGACAGAAAUUGAAAUUAUUUACGAAAUCAGUUACAACUGCUUGUAGCAAAAAUUUAUCCGCUUGCAAAUCAUUUACAAUUGGUGGAAGAAACAGUAAUGUGAUGAUUUUAGAUCGCCAACCUCUUGCAGAUGCAAACGGUUAG